AAGCUACAAUAGUGGCUACGGUUGCGUCGUGCAUCCACUAGAGUGGGCUAAAAUGGAAUUAUCCUUAUUCCCUCCCUUGUUUUGAAGACAAAUUAUUCUUUGAAUCAUAAAUGUUCUCUUCCAAUAUCAAGAAAAAAUAUUACAGUACAUUAAUUAGUUUUAGUCGUAAUGGCACCUAUUUUUCUGACACCUUCCCUUUUCACUCUGCCCACCUACACGGCCCAUGUCAAAUGUCAAAUUUUGUCUCGUGCCACUGCAAAAUGGAUGGCGGGCCGCAUAUGCCACCACGGGCCGUAGUUUGGACACCACUGUUCUAAGGGCUUUCAAAGGUGUAUGCUUGGUUAAAGUUCUGUGGGCGUAUUUUCACUUCCUCUUUCGAUUGAAUCUCAUUUGGGAGCCUUUCUCACUCGAAAAGGGGCAGCCACGGAGGCGGAGAGAAGCACGAAAACAUCAGGGAGCAAAAUAACGAGCCAGCCAAGACCGAUCAAGCAUCUCCGGAAUCAUUUACGGAGGUCAGCUAUGUCCAGGUUGGAAGUGGAGGAAAUGUUUGGUGGAAUACGUUUUCCUGGACAUCUGCACACGCAGGAAUCUUUGCGGUUCGCUCUCAGGUUCAAUUUUCAAGAGACGGACAUCCUCAUUGUUUCCUAUCCAAAGUCAGGCACCACCUGGAUGCAGCAAAUUUUAACUCUAAUCACCAACCGAGGGGACCCGUACGUGUCGCAAACUGUCCCAAACUGGGCUCGCGCUCCCUGGCUGGAGCACCAUUACAGCGCAGCGCUUGUCGAAAGCUUAAGCCAACCUCGCAUGCUGACCACUCACCUGCCUCAUCACAUGCUGGCCGAGGCUCUGCGAGGAUCCAAAGCAAAGGUGAUUUAUGUGAGUAGAAACCCCAAAGACGUUGCGGUGUCCUUUUACCACUUCCACAAAAUGGCCAAUUUUCUGCCUGAUGUCGGUUCCUUUCAAGAGUUUUUAAACGCUUUUCUGGAGGGCACGGUGCAUUUUGGCUCCUGGUUCGACCAUGUCAAAGGAUGGACGAGCCAGGUGGGCGCUAUGGCUAAUCUGCUUCACGUGACCUACGAAGAGCUGUCGACGGACUUGGAAGGCUCGAUUUUGAAGGUGAGCGCUUUCCUCCAACAUGCCCUGGUGAAGGAUGAGGUGAACAAUUGCGCGGCCCACUGCCGCUUCUGCAGCAUGAAGGACAACGAGAUGAUCAACGGCAGCCUCGUCCCUCGGGAGAUCCUGGACCACAGCAAGGGCUCCUUUAUGAGGAGAGGUAAAGUUGGUGACUGGCGAAACUUGUUCACCAAGGAGCAGAAUGAACACUUUGAGAGGGUUGUGGCCAAAAAGAUGCAGGCUUGCUCUUUGGAGUUUGUUUGGGAGCAAAGAGCGCAUCCAAACCAACAGCGCGGAGAUACCGAGAGCUUGUAGA